CAUACUUGAUAUGAGGCAGAAUUCAGUUCGGUUGCAGUUGAGGAUUUGGUAGGUUUGGAUAUCGCAUCCCAACAGAACCAUGAUGUUGAUGCUUGUGUGUGUAUUUGUGUUGUUGGGUGUGCAAGGGCUCCAGGGCCAGGACGUUGCAGACACUGCUUUUACCAGGCUGUGCCGAAACAAAUGCCGUACGGAGCUGUGCUACCUAGCAGACGAAACUGACUGCCGGCGCUUCAUCAUGUGCGAAGAGGUGGCCCCGGGCAACCAGUAUACUGCCAUUGUCAUGCAUUGCGCCUACGGCACCUUUUGGGCGGGUCUCCAGGUUGAGAGGACAAUUUUAUGUGACUCGCAAAAAAACGUCAACUGCAGCAUCAAUUAUUGCGAGUGGCGAAAGAAAGGCGAGAAGUUUGACCUUCAGGACUCAAAUUGCAAGAUAUACUGGGAGUGCAGUAGUGGAGUGUUGACUCCAUCGUGUUGCGGCGAACAACGGAAGUUUGACCCAAAAGCAAAAGCAUGUGUGGCCGAUUUAACCUGCGCUGACCAGUGUCCGAUCAAGAAAGUUGCAGACACUGCUUUUACCAGGCUGUGCCGAAAAAAAUGCCGUACGGAGCUGUGCUACCUAGCAGACGAAACUGACUGCCGGCGCUUCAUCAUGUGCGAAGAGGUGGCCCCGGGCAACCAGUAUACUGCCACUGUCAUGCAUUGCGCCUACGGCACCUUUUGGGCGGGUCUCCAGGUUGAGAGGACAAUUUUAUGUGACUCGCAAAAAAACGUCAACUGCAGCAUCAAUUAUUGCGAGUGGCGAAAGGAAGGCGAGAAGUUUGGCCUUCAUGACUCAAAUUGCAAGAUAUACUGGGAGUGCAGUAGUGGAGUGUUGACUCCAUCGUGUUGCGGCGAACAACGGAAGUUUGACCCAAAAACAAAAACAUGUGUGGCCGAUUUAUUCUGCGCUGACCAGUGUCCGAUCAAGAAAGAUGUAGGUUCUCAUACAUCGAUGCCGGCACCAGGUGUAUGUUCUCAAACUGUGAUGUCUGCACCAGAUGUAUGUUCCCAUACUGUGAUGUAUGUACCAGUUGCAGACACUGCUUUUACCAGGCUGUGCCGAAAAAAAUGUCGUACGGAGCUGUGCUACCUAGCAGAAGAAACUGACUGCCGGCGCUUCAUCAUGUGCGAAGAGGUGGCCCCGGGCAACCAGUAUACUGCCACUGUCAUGCAGUGCGCCUACGGCACCUUCUGGGCGGGUCUCCAGGUUGAGAGGACAAUUUUAUGUGACUCGCAAAAAAACGUCAACUGCAGCAUCAAUUAUUGCGAGGGGCGAAAGGAAGGCGAGAAGUUUGACCUUCAGGACUCAAAUUGCAAGAUAUACUGGGAGUGCAGUAGUGGAGUGUUGACUCCAUCGUGUUGCGGCGAACAACGGAAGUUUGACCCAAAAGCAAAAGCAUGUGUGGCCGAUUUAACCUGCGCUGACCAGUGUACGAUCAAGAAAGACAUUUGUAAGAAGGGUGUUCAGAAGUAUGAGAUCCAGGACAGUCACUGCCGCACAUACAUGCUGUGCAAUGUGGAACUUGGGGACGAACGCUGGUGCUGCCCCUCCGGCCGGAAGUUCGACUCUGGAACCGAGUGUUGUGUGCCGCUUGAGGAGGCCGACAAGUGCAAUGACUACUGCCCGCCAGGAUAUAAAGAAUGAAAGCAUAAAAUAUGUGCUGAUAAAUUGUAGAAUCACAUCUAAUAUGUUUGUUUUUUUCAUUAAAAAUAAGCUUUUGCAUAUUUGCCCCUUUAUCUGUAUGCAGAUAUUCUCAAUUGCUAAUUAAGAUAUAAAAUGCCAUUACACUUGUUAGGACUACACUUCAUGAUACCAUGUCAUGAACUUGUUUGAACAGAAAUUUAUAAUAUUAUUACCUUAGCCUGUACGGGAAACAAUUUAUGCUGUCAUACCGUAAACGUGUACUCAUACAUACGAUCACGCAUACACAUAUGAUCAUACCAAAGUUCUCCAAUAUAGCAUAGUUUACUUCACUAAGGUGAACACUGCAUAACACCAUACCUUACUUCUCUAAUGUGAACACUGAAUAAUACCAUACCUAACUUCUCUAGAGUAAAAACUGCAUAACACCAUACCUUACUUCUCUAAGGUGAACACUGAAUAAUACCAUGC